UCACACAAUAUGACCGACACCGAAUCUGGGAAACGAAAGGCUUCAACCGCCGGUCUCUCCGGCCAUAACCGCCCCGUGAAGAGACGCGCCUCAAAAGCCUGUUGCUGCUGCCGCGCUCGUAAAGUACGCUGCGAUGUGGUCGAGAAUGGUUCUCCGUGCACAAACUGCCGCUUAGAUCAGGUGGAGUGCGUGGUGACGGAGAGUAAACGCAGAAAGAAAUCUCGCGUGGAGGUUGAGAAUCACUCCGAAUCACCGGAGGCCUCGGAAGAUCAUCCUUUCCAUCGUCUCGGGGAUCUUUCAGGGUUGGCCGAUCUGGUGCCCACCUCUCCCUCGCAAGCUUCGAUAGACUUGGACCAGGGCCAGCAUAUGCCUCAUCUGCUAUACCAAAACCAGGCCCAACGUAUUGGCUCUGAUGACCACUAUCGCCGUCGCAUGGUGCCGAACCCAGCAGUCCCGGCCUCCAUGCCAUUAGCCAAUGUGACCUCGCAAAUCCAACAAUUAUUAGAUCCCAACUUUGGCAACGCCCGAUCAGCCAGUGGAUUCCUUCCGGACUAUAUCCGAGGUCUUCCUGCGCGACUCCAGAAAGAGGACAUCGAUUACUUGGCCGUCAAGGGUGCCUUGACCAUCCCCGAUGUGAACCUACGCAACGAGUUACUGAAGAGCUAUAUCCACUAUGUUCACACUUAUAUGCCAUUGCUCGACCUGGAGGAGUUCUUACAGAACAUUGUUCAGAAUGAUGGCAUUCAUCGCAUCAGCCUGCUAUUAUUCCAGGCCGUCAUGUUUGCUGGCGUGGCUUUCAUUGAUAUGAAGCAUUUGCAAGCCGCCGGCUAUCAGACUCGCAAAGUUGCCCGCAAGGUCUUCUUCCAGCGCGCCCGGCUCCUCUAUGAUUUCGACUACGAGGUUGACCGCAUCUCACUCGUGCAGUCGCUAUUGCUCAUGACCUACUGGUAUGAGACCCCCGACGACCAGAAAGACACCUGGCAUUGGAUGGGUGUCAGCCUGUCGUUGGCUCACACGAUCGGCCUGCACCGGGACCCCGGAAACUCGCGGAUGGAUGUGCGCCGUCAGCGGAUGUGGAAGCGGAUUUGGUGGAGCACAUAUACCCGCGAUCGAUUGAUUGCCCUGGGCAUGCGACGCCCGAUGCGUGUGAAGGAUGAUGAUUGCGAUGUGCCCAUGCUGAGUUUGGAAGACUUUGAGUUCCAUCCUUUCUCGCCCGAGAUCGUGGCUAUGGUUGGCAACUCGGAGAUUCUCCAGAACGUCAAUCAUCAGCGCGAGCUCGCAUUGAUGUUCAUUGAAAAGGCAAAACUUUGCCUCUGUGUCAGCCAUGUUUUGUCUGCUCAGUACUCGGUCCUCAGCCAUAAAUUUGGUGGCACUAUGGAAACAACAAUGAUGCUGGUCCCGAAGAAAUCCACCGCCGAGACAUUUGAGGUGCGGAGUUGUGAUCAGGAAUUAGAAGAUUGGCUGGCCAACCUCCCUGUCGAAACCCAAUAUGCCGCUUCUAGUGGAUCAAAGCUUUCCGAAGCAGAUGAAGUGCUGCACUCGCAUCGUGCCUUGUUGAAGAUGGUCUACCUCACUACAUCCAGCGCUUUGCACCGCCCACAAGUCCUCCCAGCCGUCCCUUACCCAUCCACAGAUGCAGAACUCCAAGACAUGUCCCGAAACAAAGUGCGAUUCGCCGCGGUCGAGAUCACGGCCAUCGCUCAGGACCUCCACUGCCUUGACUUGACUCGCUACUACCCAACCACCGGAGUCACAGUGCUUCUCCCGGCAGUCAUCAUUCACCUCCUCGAUAUCAAGUCCAGCGACCCAAGCAUCCGCAUGACGAGCCUCCAACGCUUCUACCAAUGCAUGCGCAUCCUCCAACGCCUGCGUGAGAUCUAUGCCUCCGCAGACUUCGCCACCUCCUUCCUCGAAGCCGCAAUCCGCAAAGCAGGCAUCCAACUCACUGUCUCUCCACAAGAUGUCCAGUCUUCCUCCUCGUCUUCCCGUGCCCGGAACCUACCGGCCAACUCCUCGGAUACUUUCGACCCCACUACCAACCCUUCUCGCCUCCACACCUUGACGCCCCCACCGGAUUCCCUCGCACAGAAAAUACCGGACCUCACAUAUCCUAAACACUCCGGUCCUUCCGCGGGCGGACGGUCUACCGGAGACUUGUUCGCCUCGACGCCGCCGCACUCGGACGGAAGCGAGAACGGUAGCACAAACAACCUCAACCCGAGUGUCAAUCAUCACAAAGAUGGUGACGCCUUUGCUAUGCCCUCUGAAAUGAGCCUCACCGAGCUCAUGGACUUAGCAAAUGAUGCGGAGGUCACCCAAAAUGAUUUCGAUGCCUUGAUCAACUUCGAUGAUCCGGGCAAUACCGACUUCUUUACCGACGAUAAUACGCAACACGCGGCUCAUCAGAAAGGAUUUGAGUUUGACGUUGACAAUGUGAACAUGAUGGGUUUCGAUACCGAGACCAAGACUGUUGAUUUCGCCCAUUUGGCAGAGAACAACAUGCCGGAGCCUGACAUUUUGAAGGCCUCGGAAUAA